UUUUUUCUCCUUUUUUUCAUGUAACAUUUUCUUUUCUCUUAUUACUUUCCGUUCACCAUUUAUUAUGUCUAUAUAUAUGUACACCCUCUCCUCAUUUCUAUAUCUUCAUAUCAUCAUAUAAUUCACUUCUCUCUUUCUCUAUACGGCCUCUUAGUUCUGUUCUUAUAUUUUCUUUUCUAAUCUCUCUCUAUAUAUAAUAAAUAGAGAGAGAGAGGAGAGAAAGAAAGAGUACUAUUUAUACUUAUAUAUAAUUAUAAUUAAUUAAAAUAAAGAUGGGAAUAAUGAAGUCAAGAGUAGGAGAUUGCAUGCCAUUCUUGGUAAUGGUUAUAGUGCAAUUUUGCUAUGCAGGGAUGAAUAUUACGUCCAAAGUUGCCUUGGACUCUGGAAUGAACCCUCUUGUUCUUGUCUCUUAUCGCCAAAUAUUUGCCACUUUAGCCAUUGCCCCCUUCAGUUUUCUCGAAUGGAAAACAAGACCGAAGAUCACAUUGCCUAUUUUGUUCCAGAUUUUCUUAUGCUCUUUGACUGGGGCAGUAGCUAAUCAAGUGUUUUACUUCAUUGGCUUAAAAUACUCAUCAGCAAUAAUAACUAGUGCAUUAUCUAAUAUUCUCCCAGCAGUCACAUUCCUCCUUGCUGUCAUUUUCAGACAAGAAUCAGCUGGGUUAAGGAAGAAAGAAGGAAUAGCUAAAGUGGUAGGAACAAUGUUAUGUGUAGGGGGAGCCAUGUUACUGUCGUUUUACCACGGUGAAAAUAUCAAUUUGGGUAAAUCUAAUAUUCACUGGUCUUAUCUUGACGAAGCCAGAGUCCCUACUACCACUACUUCUACUCCCACAAACCCACUCUUAGGCCCUAUUUUCAUUAUACUAAGCACCGUUGGUUGGGCUGCAUGGUUCAUCAUCCAGGCUGGAUUGAGUGAGAAGUUCCCAGCUCCAUACACAACGACGACGUUAAUGUGCUCGAUGGCGAGCGUGGAGUGUGGGGCCAUUGGCAUGAUUGUCGAACACAACAUGUCGGCUUGGUCUUUGACCAAUAACAUUUGGCUUGUUGCUUCUCUCUACGCGGGAGUUAUGGGUUCAGCAGUGGCAUUUUUCCUAACAUCUUGGAGUAUACAAAGAAAAGGUCCACUCUACGUGUCAGUGUUUAGUCCCAUGUUACUGAUUGUGGUGGCUAUUUUCAGUUGGGCUCUUCUAUCUGAGAAAAUUUAUGUUGGAACGGCAAUAGGGUCAGUUUUGAUAAUUGGGGGACUUUAUGCUGUUCUAUGGGGUAAGAAUAAGGAGAUGAAAUUACUACAAGAUGUGAAAGCACCAAAGGUAGUUGUACUAAUAGAAGAGAAGGAUGAUCAAUAUGAUGAUAUCAGUAGUGACUUGGAAUUACAAACCACUCCCUAUGUUCAUUUUCCCAAGUGCAAACAUAAUAACCAAGAUCAUCAUCAUCUCGACACUAAUAUAAUUAUAUAAUUAUUUAGUGAUUAAUUAAAGAAGAAAAAGAAAAAGAAGAAGCAAUACUAGCUAGCUAGCUAUAUAGCUAGAUCGGAUUGUUAAUUAGUACUGGUCCCUCGAUCAGUAAACUACUUAUAAUUUAUUUUCAUCAUGAUAUAUAUAUGUGUAUGCAUGAGUACUACUUUAUAUAUUUGUCACUUUAUUAAUCAGUAAUUUGGCUUUUG